CUUCCCCAUUUCGUCGUUUUUCUUUUUUCCUUUCCUUUACCUCAAACCCUAACCCUAACCCCCCUCUUUUUCUCUUCUUUUUUCUUUCUUUAUGUUUUUUCUGUUUGAAAUUUCCUAUUGCAUCAUCGCGACAUCCUAAAACCCUAGAAAGUUUUAGGAUUUUGGAAUUUUGGUUAAUGGAUUCUCAGCAGAAUAAUCUGUUCGAGACGGCUUCGCAGCCCGACGCGGGCAACGACGCCUACACAUUCCUCGAGUUUAACACGCAAGGGGAGGACUUCGAUUACCCUGAGUUUCGGGACUCGAUUCGGUCCCCCGUCGCGUGGCCUACGCCCUCCGAUUCGUUGGCUGACACCACUGACCGCGUCGGGGGCGGAGCCGCUGGUCCUGGGUCCGAUCACCAGUCCGAUUCCUCGCCGGUUUCGGCUGCCCCGGGGAGUGCCGCUAAGGGCCGGGCAAGUAGUAGCUCGAAUAAUCAGGUGGUGGAUGCUUUGGCGGCCGGGAUGAGUGGGCUUAACUUUGAGGAUACUGGGGAUGAUGAUAAUUAUGAUUAUGCCAAGGGGGAUUUCACAGAGCACGCGUGUAGAUAUUGUGGGGUGUCGAACCCGGCUUGCGUUGUGAGAUGUAAUGUGCCUUCGUGUCGUAAGUGGUUCUGUAAUUCCCGGGGGAACACGUCUGGCUCGCAUAUUGUGAAUCACCUGGUUCGAGCAAAGCACAAGGAAGUCUGCCUUCAUAAAGAUAGUCCACUAGGGGAAACAAUUCUUGAAUGUUACAACUGUGGCUGUCGCAAUGUGUUUCUACUUGGAUUUAUCUCAGCCAAGACAGAGAGUGUGGUUGUUCUUCUUUGUAGAGAACCUUGCUUAAGUGUUAAUGCGUUGAAGGAUAUGAACUGGGACUUGAGCCAAUGGUGUCCCUUGAUUGAUGAUAGGUGUUUCUUGCAGUGGCUUGUUAAGGUGCCGUCUGAACAAGAGCAGCUGAGAGCACGCCAAAUUAGUGCUCAACAAAUAAACAAGGUAGAAGAACUUUGGAAAACAAAUCCAGAUGCUUCGCUUGAAGAUCUUGAGAAACCUGGCGUGGAUGAUGAACCUCAGCCUGUAGUCUUGAAAUAUGAAGAUGCUUACCAGUAUCAAAAUGUAUUUGCACCACUUAUUAAGCUCGAAGCUGACUAUGAUAAAAUGAUGAAAGAAUCUCAAAGCAAGGAUAAUGUCACUAUUCGAUGGGAUAUUGGCCUGAACAAAAAGCGCGUUGCUUAUUUUGUUUUUCCAAAGGAGGACAAUGAGUUGCGUCUUGUACCUGGAGAUGAGUUGCGAUUGCGAUAUUCGGGAGAUGCUGCUCAUCCAGCAUGGCAAUCAGUGGGACAUGUGAUUAAGUUAACUGCACAAGAGGAGGUUGCACUUGAACUUCGAGCUAGUCAGGGUGUGCCUGUUGACCUGAACCAUGGUUUUAGUGUUGACUUCGUUUGGAAGAGUACUAGCUUUGAUCGGAUGCAAGGAGCAAUGAAAACUUUUGCAGUGGAUGAGACCAGUGUCAGUGGGUAUAUCUACCAUCACUUGUUAGGCCAUGAAGUAGAGGUUCAGAUGGUUCGCAAUACUCUUCCUCGUCGUUUUGGUGCACCUGGUCUUCCAGAGCUAAAUGCAUCUCAAGUUUUUGCAGUUAAAAGUGUACUACAGAAGCCUAUAAGUCUUAUUCAAGGUCCGCCUGGUACGGGAAAGACUGUUACUUCGGCAGCGAUUGUGUAUCACAUGGCAAAACAAGGCCAAGGACAGGUUUUGGUUUGUGCCCCUAGUAAUGUGGCUGUAGACCAACUAGCUGAAAAGAUAAGUGCCACAGGAUUAAAGGUUGUUAGGCUUUGUGCUAAAUCCAGGGAAGCUGUUAGUUCUCCUGUCGAGCAUUUAACCCUACACUACCAGGUUCGUCAUCUAGACACAUCUGAAAAGAGUGAACUUCACAAGUUACAGCAAUUGAAAGAUGAACAAGGAGAAUUGUCUAGCAGUGAUGAGAAAAAAUAUAAAGCUCUGAAGCGAGCAACAGAGAGGGAGAUUUCUCAGAGUGCUGAUGUCAUAUGUUGUACUUGUGUUGGAGCUGGAGAUCCCCGAUUAGCGAAUUUUAGGUUCCGCCAGGUACUUAUUGAUGAAUCUACUCAGUCAACGGAACCUGAAUGCCUUAUUCCUUUAGUUCUUGGUGCAAAGCAGGUGGUUCUGGUUGGUGAUCACUGUCAGCUUGGUCCAGUUAUUAUGUGCAAAAAAGCAGCUCGUGCUGGCUUAGCACAAUCUCUAUUUGAGCGGCUUGUCCUACUCGGAGUGAAGCCAAUUAGGUUGCAGGUUCAAUAUCGCAUGCAUCCUUCUCUGUCAGAGUUUCCUUCUAACAGCUUUUAUGAAGGCACACUGCAAAAUGGAGUGACUAUCAAUGAAAGGCAAUCUUCGGGCAUUGAUUUCCCUUGGCCAGUUCCCAAUCGUCCUAUGUUCUUUUAUGUACAGAUGGGGCAAGAGGAGAUAAGUGCUAGUGGUACAUCUUAUCUCAACAGGACUGAGGCUGCUAAUGUUGAAAAGAUUGUGACCACUUUCUUAAGAAGUGGUGUAGUUCCUAGUCAGAUAGGGGUCAUAACACCAUACGAGGGACAAAGAGCAUAUAUUGUGAACUAUAUGUCGAGGAAUGGUGCUCUCAGACAACAACUUUACAAGGAAAUUGAGGUUGCAAGUGUUGAUUCAUUUCAGGGAAGAGAAAAAGAUUACAUCAUUCUGUCAUGUGUUAGAAGUAAUGAACACCAGGGCAUUGGUUUUCUCAAUGAUCCUCGGAGGCUGAAUGUUGCUUUAACACGUGCUCGAUAUGGUAUUGUGAUUCUGGGAAACCCGAAAGUUUUAAGUAAACAGCCAUUGUGGAAUAGUUUAUUGACUCACUACAAGGAACACGAGUGUUUGGUUGAAGGGCCUCUAAAUAACCUGAAGCAGAGUAUGGUCCAAUUCCAAAAGCCAAAAAAGAUAUACAAUGAUCGUCGUCUCUUCUUUGGUGGUGGUCCUGGAGUUGUGCCUAGUGACAGUUUUUCAUCUGUGUCCUCAUCUAACCAAAAUGCUGAAAGAAGAAGUGCUCGAGGAAGGGGUUCUUAUAUACCUCCUAGUCCACCCAAUGGAACCCAUAAACCUGGCUUGCAUCCGGCUGGGUAUCCAAUGUCUCGAGUUCCCCUUCCUCCAUUUCCUGGUGGCCCUGCAUCUCAACCAUAUGCUAUUCCAACUCGUGGAGCUGUACAUGGACCAGUUGGAGCAGUGCCUCAUGUCCCCCAACCUGGAAGCCGAGGUUUUGGUGCUGGACGUGGAAAUGCUGGUGCUCCUAUUGGCAGUCAUCUUCCACAUCAGCAAGCCACCCAGCAAUCUUUUGGAAAUAUUGGAUCAACUUUUAACUUUCCUACUUUGGAAAAUCCAAAUAGUCAGCCAUCUGUGGGUGGCCCGUUAUCUCAACCAGGAUUUGUCAAUAAUAUGGCAGUUCAAGGGCCAAGCCAAACUUUUCGCGAUGGGUUCUCCAUGGCUGGCAUGUCUCAGGAUUUCUUGGGUGAGGACUUUAAAAGUCAAGGAUCACACGUUCCUUACAAUGUUACUGACUUCUCCACCCAGGCUUCACAAAGUGGUGGAUAUGGUGUUGAUUAUGUUACACAAGGAGCACAAGGAGGCUUUCCAGGGAACUUCCUGAACCAGAAUUCUCAGGCUGGUUAUUCUCGCUUUGGUACUGGAAAUGACUUCAUGUCUCAGGACUACAUGCCUCAUGGAUCACAAGGUUUAUUUACUCAAGUUGGCUUUAAUGAUCCAUCACAAGAUGAUGCAUCUCAGAGUCACUAUGGUGUGGCCAACGCUAAUCAACUUCAGUCUCAGGGAUUGAUGAAUUCACUCUACUCCCAACCCUUCACUCAUUACAACACACAGCCACUGAACUUGCAGGCCCCACAGCAGCAGCAGCAGCCUCAGCCGAGUCAGAGCUCUCAAAAUCAGAAAAUCCACUACAAUGGUUGAAGUGAAGGGAGGGAGUAAUUGAUGUGAUGGGUUAGUCUUUUGCAUUCAGCUACUCUGGUUGUGCUCUCUUGUGUGCCCAAAUAUGCCCUAAAGUGCAGAAUGGAUUGCCGAUUGAGGUCAGUUUGGUUAUCUAUCUAUGUGUCACCCGUAUAGUGGAUAUAAAUACACUUGCUGGGUUUUUUGGAAUAAGAUUUGUGCAACGGGGGCAAAAUGACGGAGCAUCGUUUUUAAGCAAACAUAAGCGGCACAUCAGAGGCUGAGAGAGAAAAUUAUAACCCCGAUUACAAGCUUAAAGUUUUGUGUUGAGAAAAGAUAAAAGAAAUGCUCAAGAGGAUGAGUGCAUUACAUGGCAUGGUUUUGGCGAAAAGGGCUUUGGCAAGUGGAAAUAGGCAGGCAAGGGUUAUUUAACAUGAUGACUUACAGGGAAGACCCAAUUUUUCGUACAGAAAGCAGUUUUACUGAGAAAAUUUUUGUACAGCAUGCCGGGAAAGGUCGCCUAUAAACACCCCUUUUCUGCUCUUCUUGACAUGUAAUUUUAUACUCUAUACUUACAUAGAGCAUUACAAUACCUUAGAAGAGAGUUAAUUAAGUAAAAGCACUUGGCUUUGCAAUACAACCCUUGGUGGUAUAUAGAAAGUGUGGUUGGUUUUAAUGUGUCAUGGGGUAUAUUACGAACUUGUAUUAUUGUGACCCAGCUUCUCAGCGCAAUUCGCUAUUUGUGUUCUUUAGAUUUUUACUUGCGAAA